UGGCUGGCGGCGGGGGGCGUGGCGCGGGGGUGCCGUUGGGUGGUCGUGGUGCGCGGGAGCCAUCGCGGGCCGGGGCGGCGGGGGCGGCAUGGCCCUGUUGCUGUGCCUGAGCCUGACAGUGGCGCUCGCCCGCGGCUGCCUGCAUUGCCACAGCAACUUCUCGGAUAAGUUCAACUUCUACCGCGACCACGUGAACCUCAAGUCCUGGUGGGUAGGCGACAUCCCCGUGUCGGGCUCGCUGCUCACCGAUUGGAGCCAGGACACGAUGAAUGAGCUGCACCUGGCCAUCCCUGCGGAGAUCACGCGGGAGAAGCUGGACCAGGUGGCGAACGCUGUGUACCAGAAGAUGGAUGUGCUGUACCAGGGGAAGAUGUAUUUCCCGGGGUAUUUCCCCAACGAGCUGCGAAACAUCUUCCGAGAGCAGGUGCGCCUUAUCCAGAAUGCCAUCAUCGAAAGCCGCAUCGAUUGUCAGCGUCACUGUGGCAUCUUCCAGUACCAGACCAUCUCCUGCAGCAACUGCACAGACUCGCACGUCGUCUGCUUUGGCUACAAUUGCGAGUCGUCGGCGCAGUGGGAGAUGGCUGUGCAGGGUCUCCUCCGUUACAUAAAUAUAUGGCACAAACAGAACACCAAGACGAGACCUCACCUCUGCAACCACACCCUGCAAUCGCUUCGUGGCUUCGUGAAUAACUAUGCGUCCCUCUCCCCCUCGCUGCCGGAUGCACAGGACCACUCCAGCCUUCCUGGUGUCGCCCAGCUUCACGUGUCUAGAGCCCCCAAACCUAGCCAACCUGACUCUGGAAGACGCUUCCGAGUGUCUGAUGCAGCACUGACGGCCGCCAGGCCUGCCGGACCCACCCCAGCUGUGAUGCGGGGCCAAGUUGGCUGGACUCUCCCAGCCCGCACGUGCGGAGCAGCCUGGCUGCUGCCUCGGGUCCUUGCCGCCAUCCAGCCGGGCCGGCCGGGAGGAGGGGAGGUGGGUUUGUAUAUAGUGUUGACGCCGAGUGGGACCACAGAGCUACUGGACGGAACGAUUAAACUCCCUGACCUUUCUCAUCUCGGAGUGGUCCUUGUGGGGCAGGGAGAACGGCGGGGGCUCGGGGGCUCGCAGGCCUGGGUCCCGGCAGGAUGGCGGGGAGGGCUGGCCGGACAGCAGCCUCCACGGUGAGUCCAGGCGCGGCUG